GGGGUUUUGUGGAUCACCCAGUCACAUGACUGUCACGUGACGCCAAGACUUCCUGGCGGCAGUUUCGGAGUAGGUUCGCGGCUUGGAAUCUUGUUACAAAAAAAGUAAUAUUAGUAAACAAAAACAUCCAGAGCAAGAACCGGAAGCGACAACACACAAAGAUGAGUUCCAGUAGCCAUGAUGGACCCUCUUCAGAUACUGACCCUGCUGAAAUAAACGGCCUGUCUGAUCCAUCAUCAACUUCUGAUGGAGUGACACCCACACGUUUGCUAAAAAUGAAAGAAAUAAUGGAAAAUCAGUGUUUUGAAAUGAACGUUAAAGUCAGCAUGGGAAAACACAAAGAGUCAUGUGAAGCUGAUGCAGAUUUAUCCAAGUAUGAAAGUGCAAUAGAGCAGGCAAGACUCUCGUACUUCAACAAAACACUGGUAUUAAACAGAAUGCAGAUUUGGAAUGCCAUCAUUGAAAAGAUGAUUCAGAAUGAUGCAGAUGCUGAGCCACUAAAGGAACUGACCAAUCAGAACACUGAGCUUUGUGAAAAGACCAUGACAAUUUUAAAGGAAACACGAGAGCUUCAGGACCAGAUCACAGAUGUUCAAAAGGAAAGACUUGAGCUUAAAGGACGAAUUAAGAAAAAAAUGCUGGAGAUAAAUGAGUUGAAACAGGUGAAGGAAAAUCAGGGAGAGGUUCAGCAGAGAGCCAAGGAAAGAGCUGAAGCGGUUCUACAGAAAUACCAGAAAGUCACCACCAUUUUACAAAAUGUGCUCCGGGGAAUUAUACUGGCCAGUAAAGUCAACUGGAGGGAUGAUCCUAAAUUAAGAGACAUUGCGAUGGGACUAGAAAACAUACCUAACUAAAGAGGACCUAUUUGAACACAGUUCUCUAAUUAAUGUAUAUAGUUCACCUGUUACCAUGUUCAGUGUAAUGGUUUCUUGUACAUUUAUGU